AUGUUGUUAGUUAACAGAAUCAACAGUAAUAACAGCACUAGUCUUAAUCAAAACAACAAGGAUAAGAGCAUACACAACAAUGGUCACUUUCGAAAAAAUUCCCUUGCAAGCACAGUGGCUUCAUCGCCCAGUGGCAACAGCAUCGACGUAACAGCAGAUGCAGCUGCAGCAGCAACACCGUCAUCAGUACCUUCUUCAUCACUCCCACUUCUAGGUAGGUCACCUAGCUUUAGAAAGAAUAACAAUGAACCUACAGCAACAGACAAAAAGUCUAAAUUCAGUUUUCAAGGUUUGUUCAAGAAAAGAAGCAACUCAAUUACAGCUCAAAAGGAACAAUUACAGCAGCAAGAAGAACUAGCGGAGAAGGAAGAAGAAGAGGAGGAGCCACAACAACAACACUCUACUUCUGUAGAACAACAUUCACCGACAAGUGCAGAGUUUCCUUAUUACUGCAGUAUAUUAACUACACCAAUACAAGAAUCAUGCACUUCCAACUCACCAGUGAUUACACCACACAACAUUAUGGAUAAUACCAACCACAUCACCAUUAUACGAAGCAUAGAGGAAGAGGAAGAAGAGGAUACCGCUACUAAUAACCACGACACAUAUCAAGAAGAAGACAAUUUUGAACAACAAGAAUUCUCCUUUGAAUCGAUGAAUCCUCGAUUUGGAUCGUCAACUAUAGCACCAGUUCCUAGAUCAACAUUGUUUUCUCCUUCACCAGGUUGCCUUUCUCACCAGCCAUUCACAGCAGCAGCAUCUGGUACCCCUACCAACUCAGAUCAUGAGAGAUACACAUCGUUCACUGCUGACUGCGUUUCUUUACAGAAUAGUGAAAUGAGUACAGCUAUGGAUUUGGAUUCAGACACAAUGAUUAUCAAUGCAUCUGACUACAAGGUUGAAAAUGAUUCAGAGUCCAAAUUAAACCUUGGCAAGCAAAGAGAUAGUGUCAAAAAGAAACUCAAAGGUACUACUGCCACCCGCCCAUCAUUAUCAUCGAGAACAAACACAUCAACACCAAAGAGAAAUUUGAAAAGUCUACUACGAAUUGGUUCAUUUUCUGGUAAUCACAAUGUCCGAACUACAAACCCCCACAAGGAUGCAGUAUCUACAAAAGUGUGUACACCAACAACACCACAAACUAUUGAACAACAAACCUAUCAAUCUGAAUUCAGUUUUGAAGAAAAUGAUGAAAAUGUGUACAAUUCAGAAUCGGAAUUUGAAGAAUCUCAACUGGACCUAAAUUUCGAUCCAAAACAUGAAGAAAAUGAACUGGAUUAUAAAUUUGGUGGAUACCAUCCUGUUUGUAAAGGAGAUGUCUAUUUCAGUCGUAAAUUACCUAAUCGUGAAUACGUUAUUUUGCGUAAAUUAGGUUGGGGCCAUUUUUCAACUGUUUGGCUCGCCAAGUCAAGAAUUUCAACAAUCGGUAAUGGGUCUAGUUCCAUUCAUUCGUCAUCGUCAACAACUAGCAACGAAGAUUAUAAUGAAUAUUUUGUUGCUAUCAAAUUUGUUAAGUCCAACAAGAAUUACAAAGAAGCAGCAAGAGAUGAAAUUAGGAUUUUACAAACGUUACAAGAUCCAGUUCAUAACAAUGGACAUUUAGCUGGUGAAUAUUCCAACUACUUUGAUGCUCAUCCGCCAAAACAACAUCCAGGUUACAAGCAUCUUAUGAAAUUGCUUGAUGAUUUUGAAAUUACUGGUCCUAAUGGAAAUCAUAUUUGUAUGGUGUUUGAAAUCCUUGGUGAAAAUGUCUUGAAUUUGAUUUACAAGUACAAGAAGUUUUAUAGGCAUGUGGAUGAAGAAAUAAAGAGAAAGAGCGUGGAAGGCGAGGAGACUAAACAACAAGUACAACUGCAAUCACAACAAAAGUCGGAGCAAGUCCAGCCAACUAUGAAGUUUGGUAAAUGGGAUAACAAAUAUUUCAAACGCAAUACCAAAUCGAAAUUAAGCUUGGGUUUAACCAAGAAGGAAUUGGAUUCCACUAUUGCACCGCCUUCCACAGCAUCUACCAUAUCGUCAUCCUCAACUACGGUAUCUCCAAUUGAAACAGUAAUGGAGGUUGGCGAAGAUAUUGAUUCCUCAAUGACUACAGCCGCAACUGGAGCCACUGGAAUUGGCCUCGGAAUGGCUAUCGGCGCUGCUGGUGGCAUAACUCAAUCAACUACAUUAACAUCUACUGAUCCGUGGCACAAUUCAAUGGAGAAGAAACUUAAAGCAAUGAGCUCUGACUCAUUGGUCAAACUUAUCAAAACUUCACGUAGUGUUGGUGGUAUUCCAUUACCUAUAGUUAAAACCAUCGUUAAGCAAUUGUUAUUGGCUGUUGACUAUAUGCAUCAUUGUGGAAUCAUCCAUACUGAUUUGAAACCAGAAAAUAUCUUGAUUGAUAUUGAGGAUAUAAAUAAAGUGAUUCGGCUGAUUGAAGAUGAAAAAUUGACAAAAGCAAGAGCAAGUAAUUCAUCAUUGAGUCGUGCUGCUUCAUUGAUUAAACGAGGUGGGUCUUUUAGUAAACCUAAUUUACUUCAACGUACACUGAGUUUUACUAUGUCUCAACAAGCACCACCGGCCACUGUGACUGAACAUCCUGAAAUUCCGGAACAACAGCAGCAACAGCCACUGGCUGAGCAAAAACCACGUCAAGCAUCAACUACAUCAAUAAAUUCAUCACAUUCAUCCAAUUUUUAUUACAAGAGACUGAAGAAUUCCAUCCUGGGUAAAUAUGAUUCGCCAAUCCGUUCGUCAAAGCCACUUUCAUCAGCAGCAACCUCCUCCGACAUUUUUUUUAAAGAUGUUGAUUUUGAUCAAGCACGUCGUAAAUCAGUUUCAAAAGCCAUAAGUCCAAAGAAUUUUUCCAUUUUUGAUCUUGGAAGAAAAUCUGUAACGAAUAGCAGCGCAUCACUCAAAACUGCCAAUACUAUCACUAGCGAUAACAUUUCUAUCAAGAUUGCUGAUUUGGGUAAUGCUACAUACACCAAUGAGCAUUUUACCAAUCAAAUCCAAACACGUCAAUACCGCUCCCCAGAAAUCAUCCUCAAGUAUAAAUCAUGGGGAUCAUCAACUGAUUUAUGGAGUAUUGGAUGUAUAAUCUUUGAAUUAAUCACGGGUGAUUUCUUAUUUGAUCCUCAUGAUGGAAAGUUUUUCGAUAAAGAUGAAGAUCAUUUGGCUCAAAUUGUUGAAUUGUUGGGACAUUUCCCUCUGGACGAAUAUUUAGUUGAUUGUAAAUUGACUGGUAAAUUUUUCAAAUUACACCCGGAAAAUCAUCGACAAAUUAUAUUCAAGAAUAUUGAUAAUCUAAAAUAUUGGGGAUUGGAGGAGGUUCUUGUUGAAAAAUACAAGUUCCCAAAAAAUGAUCCGCAAGUCAAAAUGAUUUGUGAUUUGAUUUUGAAAUGUUUGAAUUUCGAUUUGGAUCAACGUUAUGAUGCUGGAAGUUUGUUGAAACAUCCAUGGUUUAGCAAUGAUACCACUGCUGAUGAUGCUGAUGAUAAUAUUAUUAAUGGCGGUGAGGUUGAUGAAGAGGCGUUGAAGAAUUUGCCCAAUGUUCACAAUGAUGUACCCGGGUAUACUUGUGAAGCAUGA